CGAAUACUGAAUACAAGGUUGUUAGCACCACGAAGGUCCAAUCGCUUCUCGCUAGCGUGAUGAUUCGGAAGCGCUCAUACUCCACCUCCUUUCCCGAUGUGACACGUAAAGGGCUGCAGUCCCGUAAAGGUCCAAUUCCUGAGAGAACGUCUGAACUUGACGAAAAUCCCAACACGAUCCAGCGCAGCGUAGUAGAGCAGCCUGAGCAUGGUAGUUCCUCAGAAGAUGUUGGUCAUGUUUUGGAGGCGACACCAGAAUUGUCACUGCCCUCGCAUCCAGUACCAUCUACCAUGGAAGAACAAUCAUCUAGUAACACUUUGGAUUAUAGAUCUGACACAUCUUCUGCCAAUAAGUCUGAUGUUGUUAGACCAUGGCCUCUGAAGGUAAUUGACCUAUGGCGUCGACCAGAGGAUAUCUCUCUUCCUGACGUCACCAUCUCCGCAUUCACUGAGGCGGGACUUGAGGAAUCGUCGAUCACUGUUCCAAAGCAAUGGGCGGCAUCUUGGAUCAACUCAACACCAUACUUGGAACGUCAUAUACCGUGGACACACCAUCACUCUCCUCCCUUCUUGAGACUUGAAGAGUGCAUCGCAAACCAGUACGACUUUGGCAUGGCUUAUAGUCGCCUUCACCGAAUAUGGUACACCGAUGACUGGAGCACUAUACAAGCUCAAAUUUGUGGAUGGGAAGAGGCGGACCGGGAGGAGCGACGAAAAGCACUUGCUGGUAACCGGAUUGUCGACCCCCGAUUGCCACCUCGACGAGUCUGGGAUCUAUACAGUAAUCGGGUGGUUCCAUCAUGGUACACGUGCAUGGAUGAGUCUAUUCGGCCGAUUUCUCAUGCGUGGGUGGAUGAGAAGGAUCGGGACGCGGUGUGGACACCCAUUAAUGGAUAUGAAUGGCCUGUUCCCAUCCCGAAAGACAGCAACCUCAACCUGGUCCGCAUUGAGAUGCUCAAUCUUGACGAGGAGUAUGCGUGGUUGGACGUUCUCUGUUUGAGACAGGUAGGUGGACCCGGGGAGGCUAUUCGCUCGGAAGAGUGGAAGCUAGAUGUACCCACCAUCGGAUCAGUGUAUAGUGACAACCUUGUGGUGAUUUACUUGAGUGGGCUGGGUCGGCCGUUGAGUUUGAAGGAAGGCGACUUGGAUAGUGAUCGGUCGUGGUUUAGACGUGCUUGGACACUACAGGAGGUUGGGGACGAUAGGGUGUUUGCCAGGGAUUCGUCAGAUGGACCACAGCAUGCCAAACCAGUGGAUAACAAGGGGAACUAUGAGACUGAGCUACUAACCAGGUUUCACAGGCAGCUAAAGUCUAUAGAUAACAUGCUGAUAUAUGAAGCACUGGAGGGCAUGCAGAAUCGGGUGUCGACCAACCCGGUGGACAAGGUCGCCGGACUGGCAUUUCUUAUGGACUCCGAUUGGAUACCGGCAUACUACGAAAGCCAAUCUCUCGAGGAGGCAUGGACAGCACUCGUCAAUUCGAUGGACAUGGAGGGUCGGGGAAAGCUCUUCCUCUCUUCCCUUGAACCUGGAAAUACAUCUGCAAAAUGGAGACCAUCAUGGGACCAGGUUAUAACCAAGCCUCGGUUCGACGGUUUUUACACCGAGAUCCAAAUUGUUCGGGAUGAGGAAAUGAAUGAAGACCGGUGUCAUGUGGAGUUCAUUGAAAAGGGGUUGGUGCGAGGAUUGGCUGCUGUGGAAGGGGGUGAUCGACGUGGAGAGUUGAUUGUCAGAGACAAGAGUGGGAUAGAACAUGGAUUCAAGAUCAUAGCCGCACACGAGUACCCGAUACCUGAAGACACUUACACCCUGAUUCUUGGUUAUAACUACUCCCCGACCGAUAGUCACUUCUAUUGUGUCAUUGGGCGAAGGCAAGAGAAAAGGUUUGAGAAAGUGUCGGUGCUCACAAUUCUUGAUAAAGGAGAAUGGGAUCGCUUACAGGCUCUACGUAUUGUUAAGAAGUGCUGA